UGCAUGUUUACAUUUUUCUUCUUGUAACGUUAAGGUGGGCGGGGGACAUCUAUUCGAUUUGUUUUUACCUGUUGGAAUGAAUAAUGAUGUGACAAAAAUUUCAUCCAAUCAAAAUCGUGGAAGUUUUCGCCUGUUGGAGGCCAUCUUAAAUUGUCUAUUUCUGUGAGGAUCGUAGAUUAUUGUGAAUUUUCUCUUUCUAGAAUGUCACAGGAAAUCAUCGACCUCGAGGAUAUAGUCCGGAAGUGGGUGAAUGACUUCCCAUUGGACAAAAAUCAGAGGAGGGAAGCAGACGAUAUUCUCUCUGCCGACAUAAAUUGGAACCAUAUGCGCGUGCGUCAUGGAACUACGGAAUAUUACGAUCAAAUCCGAGUCAACACUCCGAAAACUCACGUGCUUUUUACUGCUCAUUUCAGUAACGAGACAGACCAGAAUCAAGUUUAUACUUUGAAAACGGAGCGCCGAACAAAAUCCACAUGUUCAAUUUCAAUACAGAAGUCAUUCACCUAUGGUUACAAUUUAGACUUAAAACUGACCCCACCAAAUCCAAUUAUAGAGGCGAAUGCAGGGUUCAAAGGUGAACUCAGUCUGACGAAAUCAGCCAAUGAGACGUUCGAGGAAGAACUGGUAUGGUCGGUUGACAACCAGAUAACAGUUCCGUCAAAAUUUGAAACCAAAGCAGAUCUGGAAAUAAAGGAAGAUGAAUACGCUAGCCAUUUCAAAACUGAAAGUAAAUUUGAGGGCAAAGUUCACGUGACGCUGAGAAGCAAAAAGGACAAUACGCCCUUGGCGACAGUAACAGGUGAUGUGAAGCAAAUCUUUACCCCGGAUAAAGGAUUCCGGGUCGAUAAGACCGGGGUGUACUUUGUGACUAUUGGAAAGUGCAAAUGUAGGUUUGGAAUUGAGCAACACGUUCGCUUGAGCCAGAGUGAACUAACUCGAUCAGAAGAAUUAGAGUCCUAAAAAUCCUGUUUCCUUGCAUCUCUACUUCCGGUUUUGAUAUAAUUCAAGAUGAAGUGGUCAUUCCAAUAUAUUUUUGUUCUUGACAGGUGCUUCAGUGCAAAUAUUUUUUAAAAAUUUAUUUUUAGAAGGCAAUUCUGAAAUAGUGGAUUCAAAUAUAUACAGUCAUACAAAACAAUAUUGUAAAAGCAUUGUAAAUUUACUUAAACACGACAAAUAUUUUUCUUUAAUUUUACACUUAUUGACAGGAGGAUAUCAAUUUCAUAACCACGCCAAAAAAAUGUUGUUUUUUUUUAACUUAAGGACACAUAACACAAACAAAAAUUUGAUGCAUGGAUUGAUCUAUAUUUUUUGACUGAUUUUGCAUGGAAAUGACAAAUAUUAAAUCCCUGAAAUAUUAAGAAAUCGUAAGUUUUCUUUGGUGCUUAAAUAUGCGACUUAAUGUCGUUUUCGAUGUAAUUCUAUACAAAAUUUUGCACCCAUUUUUUCACAUUGUGACGAAAUCUUUCAAAAUUCUCCACUUUACCUGGCAAACAUUAUUCAGGCUACAUAUCUUAAUACAUUAUAAAUCUAUGAGAAAUAUUGCUGAUUUCUGAAAAAUUUUGUUUGUGUUAUUUAUCCUUAAGAGAUUCUUCUCAUUGAAUCUCAGAAAAUGAGAUAAAUUAAUACGCAUUGAAAACUGUAUUUGUUGUUAAAAGAAA